UGCUAUCGAUAGCAUCGAUAACAAGAAACAGCUGUCAGAGCAAAGAGUUCAUCGCUAAAUUCUAGCUUGCUCUUGUGUUGUGUAACUUGAACGCGAUUUUUAUUUAACAAACACAUCCACACAAUGUCAGCAUCGGCGGCCCGUGGUUCCACAUCUCUGUUAAAACGUGCCUGGAACGAGAUUCCCGACAUUGUUGGCGGAUCCGUCUUGGCAAUCGCUGGUCUUGUUAUGGCUGGCGUCGGUGUGGCUAACUACUAUGCCAAGGAUGGUGAUAAUCGUCGCUAUAAGCUCGGCUAUGUCGUCUUCCGUGACACGGAUCCGCGUGCCCAGAAAGUGCGCAACGACGAGGAUGAUUAAACAUCAAGAACAAACUCUGUGAAUUUCUCCUCAUAGUUUUUUUUUUGUUUUUGUUUUUGUUGUUCUCCAACGUAACGCGCUGCCGCAAAUGCAAAACAAACGAUAGUAAAUAGUAAACAGUAAAAAGAAAACUAAACUAUAGUUAAUUUCUACA